AUCUACGCAUGCGCACGUAGCACGUGUUUUUGUCUGCCUUCUUCUCGAGAAUAAAAUAGACAAUGCCGAACACAAAGGGAUACCGGCGUGGUACUCGUUACAUGUUUUCGAAGCGAUUCCGUCAUCACGGGCCACUUCUGACAUCAAUUUAUCUCAAAGUAUUCAAAGUAGGAGACAUCGUUGAUAUCAAGGGAUGUGGUAGCAUACAGAAGGGCAUGCCACACAAGUUCUACCACGGAAAAACAGGCAAAGUGUUCAACGUCACCAAACGAGCCAUCGGUGUCGUCGUCAACAAACAAAUCAGGAAUCGCAUUAUUCCUAAGAGAAUCAACGUGCGGAUAGAACACGUGAAGCACAGCAAGUGUCGUGAUGACUUUCUCAAACGAGUGAAGGAGAAUGAAGAGAAGAGGAAAGCAGCGAAGGCGAAAGGAGAAUAUGUACAACUCAAGAGACAACCUGUUGGUCCAGUAGCUGGUCAUUUUGUCAGCACAAAGAACAAUGUGCCGGAAGUGGUUGUACCUAUUCCUUAUGAGUUUGUAGCCUGAUGACAUUAUGAAUAGAAACAUCAAUAUAUCAAGUCUUACAUUAA